AUGGCACCUAUCAUCGCUGGUAUUCUUAUGACAUCUUCACUUUCAGCUUUGACAUUCGGACAAGAGUUCGAACUGAUUUGGAUGCAACGCUGGUCCCGCAUGACUUUUCUAUAUAUCAGCGUGCGCUAUAUUGGAAUACUAUAUGCUGUCAUCAACAUAUUGCCAAGCCUUCCGUCACUCCCAGUGACAGAUAUAGUGAGUGUUCCGCACCAAAACCUAUCAUUCCCGUUCAAUAACGUGCACCGCUAUGGAGGGGUGAGUGACAUUGUCGGCCAGCUUGUCGGCUAUAAUGACCGUAACAGAUGCCACAGUUUGAACUCUACACUAAACUGGAUGACAGUGACUGUGAAUACCAUGCUGGGCGUUAUAAUGAUCACUCGAUUACAUGCCAUGUAUCAGCGAUCCCGCAAGAUACUUAUCUUUCUAGUUGUAAUUUUCGUGGCUUCCACGAUCGCAUGUGGAGUGGUCACUGCAAUAGGAGACAUUUAUAUGUUAGGAGAGGAGCUCAUCCUCUCUGGUACCUAUCAGUGCAUUUAUGAAUGGGAAGGAGAUAUCUCACUCGAUUCUAUGGCCUGGGUACUCUACAUUACAUGGGAGAUCCUUGCACUGUGUCUUGCAGUCUGGAUUACUGUAAAACACUUCCGUGAACUGCGACGAUCAUCGACGGGACAAGCUAUUGGGGACUGUUUUAUGGUGUUAAUGAAAACCCAUGUGCUCUACUUUGUAAGCUUUGCUGUUGUUUCUAGCUUCCAACUUAGUCAUUACUCUCCGAACUUGAAGACCAAGGCAUUGGAAACUGGAACUCUGAUGUAUACCGCUCAUCUUGAAAUUUACUCGAUUGUGCAGAUGUUUGUACUGGGACCACGUCUCAUCCUCAGCAUUCGAGAGUAUCACACCAAGCUCGUGGACAACUCCGAUGCAGGGACAGGCAUAAGCACCAUUACUUUCCGGGAGCAUGGAUAUGUGUCAACUGGCGGUGAUGUGUAG